ACGCGUACGUCCGUGUCGUGUCAAUGUUGCCUGCUGUGUCACUGUUGCAUUGCUGAUCACAAUGUCGUCGGACGCUUUGCAUGAAAGUUCAACGCUUCAAAACAACAGCAGGGAGGUAUGAGCAGGGCAUUUUGAGCUGGGCUAGAAGCAGCAAAGAGAGCGAAGUUUGUCAUACACCAGUUGAAUUUUGGGAUCAUGGCUUCGGAUCUGGAUGACAAGGCCAAGCGGGUGCGCAGCUUACUCAGCAGCUACUAUGGCACUGAUCCUGCAGAGCAGGGAUCAGCAGGAGAAGGCAGGGCGGCCCCGAGCUAUGUUGGCAUUGACUCGAAGGGGUUUGAUGCUGAUAGAUAUGUGGCUAGCCUGUUGCGAGGCACCCGGUUGGAGGGCCUGCUCUCCAAGCACGUCGAGAUGGCGGCGGAGAUCAAGAACUUGGACAGUGAUAUGCAGAUGCUGGUGUACGAGAACUACAACAAGUUUAUCAGCGCGACUGACACCAUUCGCAGGAUGAAGGAAAAUGUAGGCGGGAUGGAGAGCCAGAUGGAUCUGCUGCUCAGCACGGUAACCUCGGUGCGCUCAAAGAGCGAUGGUGUGAACACCAACCUGUCCUCCCGGAGGGAGCGCAUUGAGUCGCUGAAUGGGACCCGAAGCCUUUUGCGCAAAGUCCAGUUUGUCUUCGACCUCCCAAAACGGCUUCACAAAUGCCUCGAGCACAAGGCAUAUGCCCAGGCAGUCAAGUACUAUGUUGGAGCGCUGCCCAUCCUGAACAAGUACGGGGACUCCUCGUUCCAGUCGUGUAAAGACGAGUCGGAGGAGGUGAUGGAGAAAGUCAUCCGCCAGAUGGAGGCCCUCAUUGUGUCGGAUGCUGCAGACAAUGACGAUCGAGCGGAGGCCGUCCAGUUGCUCGAGCAGCUAAACCAACCGGUGGACCAGCUCCAAGAAGACUUCUUGGCCCGCCACUGGAAACGUCUGCUGCAAGAACUGCAGGACGUGACGGCAGCAAAGGCGGCCGCUGCCGUCAGCGCAGAAGACCCAGCGACGCCAAGAACUACCCAGUUGAACGCUAACAAGGCGUUCAUCGAGGACUUCACCCGGACCGCCUCCACGUUCCGUACGCUCUUCCCGCGGGCGGAGGCGCAGCUCACUGAGAAGACCCAAGAGCUGUACCGCGAGUAUUUCAGCCACGUCCAGGGGGCUCUGCAGCCAGCCGCGGGGACCCCCCGGGCCGCGGAUCUGGUCGCCGCCAUCAAAACGCUAUCGGACGACACGCACCUGAUGCACGACGUCGUGCCGGAUGCCGGCUUAUAUAAGAAGGCGGCGGAGGCGGCGCGGCGGGCCGUGGAGGACCACGUUGCCAGCAUUUUCUCGUCCCUCCAAGAGCGCAUCCUAUCGUCAGCACUGGCGAGCACGAGCGUGGCAGGGUCGCCGACCGAGCAAGCGACGAACCUUUCUACUGGGCUCGAGGCCGCCACUCACGCGCUUCUCCAGGGGAGCAUCGAGGUCGUUCAGGACGUCGAAGUGUUGCUGGACGAUGGGGUGCAGCUGCUAUCGAGCUGGAAAGAGGAAUACGCUGACCUCGUGCAGUCCAAAUUCCAACAGCUGUUCCAGUCUCUCCACGACACGUUCCUUUCGCUUGGUAACGGGGCGGAGGACCCUGCCCGCGCCCCAACCCCUAGCCCAGGGCCCUCUGGAAGCGCGGCUGCAAGUUCCGGUGCCGCGCCGUCUCCCGGGCUGGUGCUGCUCCUCGCCCGCCUUUGCGUUGCUGUGGACGCGCAAGGCCUCCCCCGAGUCACUGAGUCUCUCGCACGAAAGUUCGUUGGGGGUUCCGCGCACAAGGAACGACCGUCGUUCCUCCCGUCCGAGUUUGCGCGGCUGUUCCGUGCGGCGGGCGAGCGGCUGCUCCAGCAAUACGUCAACCUGCAAAUCAAGAAGCUGACGCUGCUGGUGCGAAAGAGCGUCGAGACACCGAACUGGCUCAAGGCGAAGGAGCCCCGCGAUGUGCGCAUGGUCGCCGACCUGCUCCUGCAAGAAGUGGAGGCCAUCCAAUCGGACGUCCGUCAGCUUUUGGACGCGGGCGAAAAGGCGACCCACCGGCGGACCAACAGCGGAAGCGCGGUCGCCCGGAGCACUCCCCCGAGCGCCGAGCAGCGGCGAAUGGCGCCCACGCAGCGCAGCCGGAGCAGGAUCUUGGAGCGAGACGUAGCGAAACUGUUCCGUCAAAAGGUGGAGCUGUUCACCAAGAUCGAGUACACGCAGUCGAGCGUUCUCUCCGCCAUCGUCAAGAUCGUCCUCAAAAGCUUCGAGGAGUUUGUCCGCCUCGAGACGUUCAGCCGCAGCGGCUUCCAGCAGAUCCAGCUAGAUACGCAGUACUUGCGCGCGCCGCUACGGGAUUACAUGGACGACGAGACGGUAGCGGAUACGCUAUUGGACGAAGUUUGCACCGCGGCUGCGGAGAGGUGCCUCGACCCGACGCCCCUGGAACCGAGUGUGAUAGAUAGGAUCGUGGCGGCAAAGCGGAGCAAGCAGGGGCCCUGAUCGGAGUGUCGUUGGCUAGGCGAGGGUCUCUUGGUGCACCGAUGACUAGAUCGGGCGUUGGCGCGAUCACAUCUUCAGGUCUUGUAGUGGCAACACUUGACUCCUAAGGAACGCACACCUGAUUCUGUGGGAGCCCUUUAAAUUGCGGUGGUGCAAAAUAUCCUGCCAUAAGUACGGU